AUGAGGAAGUAUUUGGUUGUAUUACUCCUGCUUGUUGCUCUCUGCUCAAGCGCACCGCUUAGCGUAUUCCAUCGCCAUCACCGACACUCGAACUCGAAAAUUGGCUCAAUACGUCCUACAAAAUAUACUUCUACAAUACCGAACAUCGUAAAACGUAUUAAUGACACAACCUCCAAAUCCCAGGCCUUGCGAAGAUCAACGUCUUCUAUACGGUCCAGCACAGGAAAAGCGGGCCUUGACCGCAUUGCACCGGGAUUGGACGUGUUACGAGUGGAGAUAACAAACAUAAUAAAGGAAUUGAAUGGCUUUGAACCUGUUGAGGAUGAUGCCGCUGCAUGGACUGUACUUAAUCACCUCAAUAAAAUGGCAAUAGCCCACGAGUCUAUGUUAGACACACUUACAACAAACCACAGACUCGUUAUAAAGCUUGGAUGGCAUUCAGAUACGUAUAGGACUCUACUCACCCUAGACAAUACUUGGAGGGAUUUCUUCCCGUCAUUAUCAACAGCUCUCCCAAACCACAUUGAACACGUUGGGCUCGUUGAAAUUAGAUCUCUUAACGCUUUGGAUAGGGCGUUGAAGUCUUUCUAUUAG